AUUAUUAAUUUAUGAUCAUUGUUGUCAUUGGUUUUUAUUCACCCAUAUCAUUUACUACCACGAUUCAAAUAAAACGCGCCCGUUUAGAGAUGAAAUCAUAAUAUUUGUGCUCCUCAUGUGACACCGUGUCCUCCUCCGGUCCUGUUGGCGGCAGCUGCACCUGUCUCCGCGCGGUGCCACAUCAGAACAGUGUCCCGCACAGUCACCGGCGGUUUAUGAAGGCUUCACCGGUUUAACCUCAAUCGGGGUUAGAUCAUAGACAGUAAAAGAAAGGUUUAGACGAAUCGCAGGGGAAAGGGCUAUUGUUUCAGUUAACGUUAGAUUAUUAUGUAGAAGUCGAAAUAUGCUACUCGCACAGCGGGGGUUUGAUUAGUGAAAAACAGCCGACAUAUUUAUUCACAGAGAUGACAGCGCGCGCUGGUUUAUUACUGUGCUAAUCGUGUCAUUGGAGAUUCCUCGUUUUCAUUUUACUCGCAUUGAAUAGGCUGUGUUUUUGAUGGCCGUGUCAGGAGGCGCCCGAAGGAUCCCGAUGGGUGUGCGGACAUUCAGUGAGUUUCUGGAAAUAGCGACGGUCGGUCCGUGUCGCUCCAGCAGAGAGAGAAUACAGCACUGGCCCGUCAGACACCUGUCCUCCUGUGGGAUCUUGAUGACCCGUCAUCCUCCUGCUUUCUGUCUCUCUGAAGUGGGUUUGACUCCCACUCAUCAUCACAGGAGAUCAUUCAUCAGCCUCACCAAUAAGAGAAAAGAGUAUUCAGAGAGGAGAAUACUAGGGUACUCAAUGCAAGAGAUGUAUGAUGUGGUAGUCAAUGUGGAUGACUACAAACACUUUGUACCAUGGUGUAAAAAGUCGCAAACCAUCAUGAAAAGGGCCGGUCAUGCCAAAGCUCAGCUGGAAGUGGGCUUUCCUCCUGUUGUGGAGCGGUACACUUCAAUGAUAAGCCACGUCCGUCCACAUCUGGUCAAAGCAGUGUGUUCGGAUGGUAAACUCUUCAAUCAUUUAGAGACAAUAUGGCGCUUUAGUCCCGGUAUUCCUGGCUAUCCUCGCACAUGCACUGUAGACUUCUCCAUCUCGUUCGAGUUCCGCUCAUUGCUACAUUCGCAGUUAUCGACGGUGUUUUUCGACCAGGUGGUGAAGCAGAUGGUGGCCGCGUUUGAGCGGCGAGCGGCUAAACUAUUUGGACCCGAGACGAGAAUACCCCGCGAGCUCAUGUUUCACAAGGUCCAUCAAACGUGAGGUGCUCCUUCUCACUGGACUCCUCUGUAUCUGGAACUCACAGAACUCUUUAGACCGUUAUCACAUGACCAACCAGAUCACUAGAAUACAUCGUGAUGGUACGAGAGAUACCAUUUACUUUUAGAAAAAGAUUUCAGUUCAUCUGAAGUACUGUACCCUAUAUGUCCAUUUUUGUUUAGAUUAAUUUAUUAUUGCAGCCCUGACCGGGAAGGCUUGAAAGUUGAGGUUCAGACGUUUCUCUAGGGUUUUGUCUGGUUUACUCAUUCUGUCUUGCUGCCAGAUAAUCGGGGCCAAAUCUGACUGAUUACUGGAACUGGAAGAAUAUUUUAGGCCAAAUCUGCCGCACACUGUUGAUUACCACACAAAAUUUGUUCUGAUUUAUACCUCAGAUUUUAUAAACCUACAAUAAAACGAUUACGUUCCUCUUGCAAAUGCACAUCUGAUGCAGAAGAUUUCUAUCGUUUUGUUUUGUGUGGUAAUCAACGGCAUGCAAAAGGCACAGAUAAACCCAGAAUAUUCUUUCUCAAAUGAUUUUUUUUUUAAUGUAGUGAAAAUUCAGACCUACUCGACUUCCACACUGCACUGAAUUUAUAACAUUCAUCUCCAGAAGUCACACUCAAGAGGUUUGUGACUCCAAUCACAACUGUAAAUAUAAUGGAAAUGAAUCAUGUUAUUACAGUGACGACAAGUAUUUCUCUCACCUCAAUAUUUAUCCUUACAGACAACACAAAAACAUUUGUUUAUAGAAGUAGUGUAUUGUAAUGGAAAGAUAAGAGUAAUAUUUAGCAUGCUUUUGCAUUCUUUGGAUGCAUUCACUCAAACUCAGGGCUUUGGAGAAAUUCAAAGGAAAGAAAAUGUAAGAAGAAUUCAGCCUGUUCCUAAUAGUGAUCCCAGUUUGUGCCUGUUCAUGUAGACCGUGCCAUUUCUUUUUGUUGCUAUAUUAAUGUUUUAAACACUACUGUAUUUGUGUUUUGUGAUUUCUUGGAAAGCGAAGCAUAGGAUACAAGCAUAACGGUUUCGUUUUUUCAACAUUUUAUGAGAUUUUAUUUUUUAAGCCGUUUCAAUGCCUUAUCUAAGUGUUCAUGGCAUUUAUAAAUGACUUCAAAUCA